UUUUCAUAUUUUUCUCUCUGCAGUGCUUCUCUGCUUCCUUCGAGAGACACACAGAGAGAGGGAGAGAGAGAGAGAGAGAGAGAGUCCAAAAAGCUCAAAAUUUCCAUGGAUGCUUUGAUCUACGCCCUCCUCAGUUUCAAAGAAAUCUCUUAGAAACAAGCCCAUUUUUUCGAGGGUUGCUUGUUUGGAGGGAAUUUAGGAUUUGGCACAUUGCCUUUGCCUUAAAAUGUUGGUUUUCUUGAGGUGGGGUUUCAUGGGUUGAACACAAAGAAUAAUGGGUAGUUUGAGCGAAGACGAAGAAUAUCGAUUUUUCGAUGCUCAAGAGGAUAUAUCAUGGAUAUCAGAUGCAAAUUCCGAUAGCAUUGAGGUAUCUGAGGCUAGUUGUAGUUAUGAUAUAUGGAUUCGGAGCCCAGGAAGUGUUAAAGAGCGUCGGAGUAAGUUUUUAAAUUGGAUGGGGUUGAGUUUGGAUCGCAUUGGACGUGAGAAUCCAGUAGAUGUAUGUAGUGAUGCACCGGAAGAAGUGGUUGAUAGAAUUAGAGAGAAUAGUGGGGCUGUGUUGAGAACCUUAGGUUUCGAAGGUGAGUUUUAUUCGAACCGGUCCUCAAUGACUUGUUCUAAAGAUGAUACGUAUUCUUCCAAACAGUGUAGUCCGGGGGAGAACUUUGUAUGCAGAGAUGGGAAUUCCGGUAGAGAAGCAGGUUUGGGUCAGUCAGUAAGGGCUGAAGAGUCGGAGGAUACUUCUGUGUCAUCGAUUUCGUUUCAACAACUGAUAGAGAAGGAAGUUGAGACAGACAAUGUGGUGGGGUCAAUGAAGAGAACUAAGAAGGGUUGGUUGAGUAGAUUACGCACCAUGGCGUGUGUUGUUGAUAGUCAAGGGGAUGCCGGUCAACUAAGACCUGGUGACAAUGAUGCAAUUCUACGUUCCAGGGUUCAAAGAGUUAAGGUCCGCCAAUGCAGGAAACAGUUGAAAGAACUUUCAGCUCUUUAUAUGGGGCAAGAUAUCCAAGCCCAUGAGGGUCCAAUUUUGACUAUGAAAUUUAGUCCUGAUGGGCAGUAUCUUGCAAGUGCUGGUGAGGAUGGGAUUGUUCGAUUGUGGCAGGUUGUGGAGGAUGAGAGGUCUAACGAAAUUGACAUUCCGGAAAUAGACCCUUCCUGCAUAUAUUUCACAGUGGAUCAUCUCUCUGAAUUGAAGCCCCUCUUUGUGGAUAAAGAGAAAAUUGGAAAAUUGAAGAGCCUGAGGAAUAAUACCUCAGAUUCAGCAUGUGUGAUUUUUCCCCCUAAAGUCUUCCGCAUAUUGGAAAAACCAUUGCAUGAGUUCCAUGGGCACAGUGGCGAGAUCUUGGAUCUCUCAUGGUCAAAGAAUAAUUAUCUGCUCUCUUCAUCAAUUGACAAAACUGUUCGUCUGUGGCAAGUGGGAUGUGAGCAUUGCCUCAAAGUGUUUUCACAUAGUAAUUAUGUGACCUGCGUUCAAUUUAACCCUGUUGAUGAUGAUUACUUCAUCAGUGGUUCGAUAGAUGGAAAAGUUCGCAUUUGGGCUAUUCCUGGUUGUCAAGUUGUUGAUUGGACUGAUAUAAGAGAAAUUGUCACUGCAGUGUGCUAUCGCCCUGAUGGACAGGGGAGCGUUGUUGGCUCUAUGACUGGCAUUUGCCGCUUUUACAAUGUAUCAGAUAAUCAUUUGCAAUUGGAUGCCCAAGUAUGCGUGCACAGUAAAAAAAAAACACCCUGCAAAAGGAUUACUGGCUUCCAGUUUUUCCCACAAGACUCUGGCAAAAUAAUGGUCACCUGUGCUGAUUCACAAGUCAGAAUCCUUCAUGGGACUAAUGUGAUUGGCAAAUACAAGGGCCUUCGUAACACGGGAAACCUUAUAUCUGCAUCUUUCACCUCAGAUGGGAAACACAUUGUUUCAGCUUCCGAGGAUUCUAAUGUAUAUUUAUGGAACUGCAGUAGUGAGGAAGACACUGCCCUCGCCCAAGCCAAAAAUAUUAGGUCUUGUGAACACUUCUCCAUCAAUGCAUCUGUUGCAAUACCUUGGUGCGGUCUGAAAUGUGGGAACUCAUUAAGUAGAGGGCACUUUCCAGUCUUGGGUGAGAAUCUGGCAGAAAAUCUGCCUUUUCCUUCACCUGCUUGUUUCUCUCUGAGCCAAGAAUUCCUCUUAGAGUCUUUUCCCAAGGGAUCUGCAACUUGGCCAGAGGAGAAGCUUCCUACUUCAAGCCCAAUUAGCAAGACAUCUGCAGUGCAUAAAUCUCAAUACAAGUUUUUGAAAACUUCUUGCCAGAACACAUCCAGUUCUCAUGUGUGGGGUCUGGUUAUUGUGACUGCAGGCUGGGAUGGACGGAUAAAGUCAUUCCACAAUUAUGGGUUACCAGUACCUCUUUGAAAUAUCAGUGGCUUGGCAGAGGGUUUCUAAAGAAUCAGAAUUGUGAUACCUUAGGUUGCAAAUUUUCAUGUUAGUUCAAACAUCAAGUCACUUAACCUUUGUUGUGAUACCCCCGGUUGACUACCACAUGCUGCAAAUCUGAUGUUGGGAAAGUGGACAAGUGACUUUUCAUUUGGCAGCAUCAACCACCAUAAUAGGUUCUGCUUUGAACAUUAGUAGCCAUGUGCAGUGUGGAUGAUCUUGACACUUUUGGGUUUUUUUCCCGGCGGGCCCCUUCUCAGAUAUCAAGUGUAUUAUCGCGGAUCUCGUUCAUGACAAGUGGCAUCAGUUCCAUGGUUGUAAUAUAAUCCAACUUGGGAUCGGCAAGUGGCUGAGGUGAGCUUAUCUGGAUACUUUGCUCAAUUUUGCAACCUGAUUUGUUAUUCUAAGAAGUUUUGUCUGCCGGCCGGAAAAAAAGGGCGUGAAGUCAUGUGUUAGGAGAGCCAAUUUGAGAUGUUAUCUAUGGAUAAUGCUAGUGCAUGUGGGGCCUUGUAUACCCAUUUCCUUUUGCUCUUUAAAAAUGCGAGGGGAAUCCGAGAGCUGGUGGUUGCAGUUUAUUUGGGAAAAAAAAUGGUGGGGAACUUGGCCAUGAUAAUGUCUUGGCUGCUUUGAAUGAUUGAAGUGUUUGUCUGCCAUUUCCGAUCCGUGCCAUGGUAGGGCCAGUUAUAACUGGGGGCGUGGUGGCCGGCCAUUUUCCACAAAAAUGGAUUAAUUUUCUCACCCUUGUGCUUUAAUGCAAUACGUUGAAUUUGGUUACCAAGGACAUCUCUACUCUUUAACUUGUUCACUGCUCGAGUAGCGAUCGCUUCUUUUGUUUUUUGCUAACAGAACCUGCAGCUGUCACUCCCAAUUUUCAGUCUAACAUCACCUUGGAUUAGCAGAGUAUAACCAUUGAUAUUUAUAAGCUCGAUGCAAUUUCCUCUCGAGUUUAGCAUAUAUGUAACUGUAAUUUCCUUUGUAAAUACAGAUUUUUCGGCACCUGCUUUACUUGUUUAUACCUGUAGCAAAAUGGUCGAAAAGCAAUAAAAGUAAGAAGAGAGUAGAAUAUGGGUUUUGCA